GCUCGGGCACCGAGAUGUCUCUGUCCCAGUGUCUCCACCACGGGAAACACCUGAAGUGCGCCAAAGGAGGCGGACGCUUCGCCGCUGGAGUAUCCUGCUCGGACACGGCCCCCGACCUGGUUCUGAACGCCGAGGUGGUGGAGCAGACGACGUACCUGGAGGACCGGCCGAUGUACGCUCUGCAGUGUGCCCAUGAAGAGCACUGCCUGUCCAGCACGGCCAACGCUGCUGACCACGGCUCGUACCGCCGCCUGCUCCGCUUCUCCUCCCAGAUCCACAACAACGGACAGUCGGACUUCAGGCCCAAGAACGGACAUCACGCAUGGGUCUGGCACGAGUGUCACAGGCACUACCACAGCAUGGAGGUAUUCACCCACUACGACCUGCUGAGUCUCAAUGGCACCAAGGUGGCCGAGGGACACAAGGCCAGCUUCUGCCUGGAGGACACAGCGUGUGACGAGGGUAUUGAGAAGAGGUACGUCUGUGCCAACUUUGGACAGCAGGGCAUCACUGUUGGAUGCUGGGAUACCUACAGGCAUGACAUUGACUGCCAGUGGAUAGACGUCACCGAUGUGAAACCGGGAGACUACAUCUUCCAGGUGGUCAUUAACCCCAACUAUGAGGUGGCUGAGUCGGACUACACCAACAACAUCAUGAAGUGCAAAUGUCGAUAUGACGGCUACCGGAUAUGGACGUACCAAUGCCAUAUAGGUGGAUCACUAAGCACUGACAUGGAUGACAGUCAGUACCCUGGACUUACGAACAACCAGCUGUCAUACAGGUAGAGAAACACGCCUGGACCACCUGAAGGAGAGAUCGGAGAGAACAAUCUGAAAACGAGUCCCUUGAAAUGACCGGUGCAACUCUAGAGAUCAAGAGCAUUCCCAACCACUAGAGGGACUGUGUUACCAUCUUUGUGGUGCUAAAUAUGGAUGAAAUGUUAGAGACUCUACGACCUUACCCCCUUUUGAACAAUAUGUGGACACUUACACACAAAACAAGCAAAGUGAAUGUGUACUGUAUGUGAGUGUGUGUGUGUAUUACCUGAAAAUGGGUGCUAUCUCGUAUCUAAACUCCACGUUUGGAGUUGUAUUGCCUUAUUUAAGAGACGUUGGUUGACCUCUUCAUAUGAGGGGUCAUCCUCUUUGCACCUACCAGUGUGAUGAUAGACCUUCCUCUGAAUGUUCGGCUCCAUGGCUAAGACCAAAGAAACAGCAGGGAAUACUCCCAACCAUGGCCCCAGACACCACUAAGCACUGGAGAAUCAUCUAUGAUAUGAUACUAACAUCAGUCAGAGAUCUUACCAUUUUUUAAAAAAUACAUUCAUAUUUCUGCAUUAGUUUGCCUUUUGUCAUUGUACGCAGCAUAGACUCUCAUAAUCACACUCAUCCUCCCUACAGCUGUAGCUCGAUAGGCUCACAGCGUUCAGCCUUAAGCCUCCUCCUCAUGUUUCAUGUUAUUCCUAGUUCUUCUUUUCUACAACGAGCAUGCCAAGUUAACUUAUUGACAUCAGUCAGGGAUUUUGAGUAUUUUUGUUUGUUUAUUUCUCCUGUAGAGUUGACAGGAAGUGAAACCACCUCACCUUGUAUGUAUGCAUUCUGUGGGUCAUGUCGUUGUGCACCUGGGCCCUCCGUUUUGGAGGGGGCCUUUCGCCCUGCGACCAGUUGAAUGGUCGUGAUAAAUCGUGACGUGUUGCACGGAGUGUGUAUACUUCAAUGGGACAACGAGGAGGAAUCCCAUUGUGCUUCAUGUACUGUUUUCUGUAAUAAAAGUUAAAAUGUUUGCA